UUCAGGUCACACAACGCGUGUGUGCAAGAGCAGUCAGUCAUCGAACAGUACCUGCACCGAUCACGAGAUGUUUUGUUUUGUCUUUUAUCAAUUCAUUUGCAAGAGAGCAGCUGUCUGGAUUACUCGCGCUUCAUAAUGGCUGAAUAGACGCUCGGAGAGACGCCGUGUGUGUAUCCGCUGCUUAAGCCGAUCAAGAAAAGGAAAAUCAUCUAUAUUUAUCCCGUGUCUCCUGAACGGGAUCAUGUCUGCGGGACAGGACGAGAGCUCAGUGCGCGUGGCUGUCAGGAUUCGUCCACAGUUGGCAAAGGAAAAGAUAGAAGGAUGCCACAUCUGUACCUUUGUGACCCCUGGGGAGCCGCAGGUGGUUCUGGGAAAGGACAAAGCCUUCACAUUUGACUAUGUGUUUGAUAUUGACUCGCAGCAGGAAGACAUCUACUGCAAUUGCACUGAGAAUCUUAUCGAAGGAUGCUUUGAAGGAUAUAAUGCCACUAUCUUCGCAUAUGGACAAACCGGUUCUGGGAAGACGCACACCAUGGGCACAGGCUUUGAUGUGAACGGUGAUGUAGAGUUGGGAAUAAUCCCACGCGCGGUCAGUCACCUCUUCAGGGGCAUAGAAGAGCGCAGACAGGGCGCAACAGAACAGGGACGUCCCGUGCCUGAGUUUAAGAUCAACGCCCAAUUCUUAGAGUUGUACAAUGAAGAAGUCCUGGACCUGUUUGAUUCCACCCGUGAUGUGGAGGCCCGGAAGCAGAAAUCCAACAUUAAGAUUCAUGAGGAUGCCAACGGAGGGAUUUACACUGUGGGAGUCACAACACGUACUGUUAGCUCUGAAGCUGAGAUGAUGCAGUGUCUCAGACUAGGUGCUCUAUCUCGCACCACUGCCAGCACUCAAAUGAACGUUCAGAGCUCGCGCUCACAUGCCAUCUUCACCAUCCACCUGUGCCAAGUUCGAGUCUGUGCCUCAGACAAUGACACAGAGACCGAUAACAGGCUGGUGAACGGAUCCUCAGAAAUGAACGAGUUCGAGACGCUCACGGCUAAAUUCCACUUUGUUGAUUUAGCCGGCUCUGAACGCCUGAAAAGAACAGGGGCCACCGGGGACAGAGCCAAGGAGGGCAUCUCUAUCAACUGUGGACUGUUAGCUCUGGGCAAUGUGAUCAGCGCUUUGGGUGACAGGAGCAAACGUUCCACACACGUGCCUUACCGCGACUCCAAACUCACCCGCCUGCUUCAAGACUCCCUGGGAGGAAACAGUCAGACGGUGAUGAUUGCCUGCAUCAGCCCAUCAGACAGAGACUUCAUGGAGACCCUGAACACGCUGAAGUAUGCAAAUCGUGCCCGCAAUAUUAAGAACAGAGUGAUGGUCAACCAGGACCGGGCCAGUCAGCAGAUCAGCGCUUUGAGAACGGAGAUCGCUCGCUUGCAAAUGGAGCUGAUGGAGUACAAGACGGGAAAGCGUAUGGUUGGCGAGGACGGAUUGGAAAGCAUAAAUGACAUGGUUCAUGAGAACUCAAUGCUGCAGACGGAAAACAACAACCUACGUGUGCGAGUGAAAGCCAUGCAGGAAACCAUCGAUGCCCAGCGAGCCAGACUCACCCAGCUACUGAGCGACCAGGCCAACCAGACCCUCGCCAGAGCAGGUGAGGGCAAUGAAGAGAUCGGAAACAUGAUCCAUAAUUACAUCAAAGAGAUCGAGGAGCUCAGAGCGAAGCUUCUUGAGAGUGAAGCUGUGAAUGAAAACCUAAGGAAAAACCUGUCGCGCGCCUCCACACGCUCUCCGUUCUACACCGGCUCCGCCAUCUCCCCCGCCCAUCUUGCACCCGAAAAAGAGGCAGCGGAUAUCAUUGAAAUCGCAAAGAAAGACCUGCAGAAACUGAAGAAAAAAGAGAAAAAGAAAAAGAAGAGACUCCAGCAGAUGGAUGAAGUUGUUCACGAGGAUCUUGAGAAUGUCAGUGUCAUAAAGGAGGAGGGGCCGGAUAAUGAACAGGACAAGGAGCCCUCAGAUAGAGCCAAUGAGGAACCAGAGGCAGAUGGGAGUGAUCAUGAUGAAGCUGAGGAGGCAGAUGGAGAUGAAGAGGAGGAUGAGAUGGAGGUGGAGAGCUCUGAUGAGUCAGACUCUGAGCUGGAAGAAAAAGAUGACUUCCAGGCAGACCUGGCCAACAUCACGUGUGAGAUUGCCAUCAAGCAGCGACUGAUCGACGAGCUUGAGAACAGUCAGAGGCGCCUGCACACGCUUAAACAACAGUACGAACAGAAACUCAUGAUGCUGCAGAGCAAAAUCAAAGACACGCAGCUGGAGAGGGACCGCGUGCUGCACAACAUGGGCUCUGUGGAGUCCUGUACGGAAGAGAAAGCAAAAAAGAUAAAGUCAGAAUACGAGAAGAAACUGAACUCCAUGAAUAAGGAGCUGCAGAAACUACAGUCAGCACAGAAGGAGCACGCCCGCCUGCUGAAGAACCAAUCACAGUAUGAGAAACAGCUCAAGAAACUGCAGCAGGAAGUGAGCGAGAUGAAGAAAACCAAAGUGGGUCUGAUGAAACAUAUGAAAGAGCAACAGGAGAGGAACCGAGCCACAGAAACCCUCCGGAACCGAGAGAUUGCCACACUAAAGAAAGACCAACGCAAACAGGAGCACCAGCUGAGGCAGCUUGAGGCACAAAAGAGACAACAGGAGCUUAUCCUGCGCAGGAGGACAGAUGAGAUAACCGCUUUGAGGCGACAGGUGAGACCCACAUCAGGCAAGGUUAACCGUAAAAUCAGUUUACCAGAGCCUUUGCAGGAGUCCUCAACUCGCACGUCUCGACCACAAACCGCAGGGGCCACUGCAGCAAAUGGAACAAGAAAAUACCUGAUGAGAACUGGAGGCGUGUACUUUGCUAGGUCGGCACGGGCUAAAUGGCAGUCAUUGGAGCGUCGUAUUAGUGACAUCAUCAUGCAGAGGUUGACCAUCUGUAACAUGGAGACUGAAAUGAAUCGCCUGCUAAAGCAACGUGAAGAGCUGACCAAGCGCAAUGAAAAGGUUAUGAGAAAGAGGGAUAAGAUCACAAGUGAGGACACGGAUGCCGACAGAACCGUCCUUUCUCUCACUGAAGAGAUUGAGUCGCUGACUGCUAACAUAGACUACAUCAAUGACAGCAUCGCUGACUGCCAGGCCAACAUCAUGCAGAUGGAAGAGGCCAAGGAGGAAGGAGAUACAAUGGAUGUUUCUGCUGUGAUCAGCUCAUGCACACUAUCGGAGGCACGUGUCCUGCUCGACCACUUCCUGUCAAUGGCCAUCAAUAAGGGCUUACAAGCUGCACAGAAAGAGUCCCAGAUCAAAGUCAUGGAGGGCCGUUUGAAACAGACGGAGAUCAACAGCGCCACUCAGAACCAGCUGCUCUUUCAUAUGCUGAAAGAGAAAGCCGAACUCAACCCUGAGCUGGACGCUCUCCUCGGAAACGCUCUCCAAGAACUAGGUAACAUGCCGUCGGAGAACGGUGAUGACAGUAGCAGUGAUGAAUCAUCUCAGACUCCGACAACAGAGAAAAGUUCUUUGGCUUCAGAUCUCGUGAAGCUUUGUGGAGAAACCAAAGUCAGGAGUAAGGCUCGUAGAAGAACAACAACUCAAAUGGAGCUGUUGUACGCCAACACUGGAGACCCUGAUGUCCCACCAGAAGAUUUCUCUGCCCCCCUGCUUCCUGUAGUGGGUCCAGACAGUCAUAAGGACCCUGCAGCCCACUUAAAAGACAGAGACGCAAUAAGUUUAACAUCCAAACCAAAUGCUGCCUCCAGUGCCAGAUCUCCUACGGCAACAGAAAGGAGGCUUCUGGAUCGCUCGCCUGUCACCCGCAGGAGAGCUCAGGAGAAAAGCCAAAACCCUGCAGACAGAACCAGAACCCAGGACAAACAAAGCGCAUUAAACCCAGUUCAAGCAGCCCGGUCCAGUCGAGCAGCCAAACUACAGUGCGCGCACGUGGCCGAGGGUCAUGCUAAAGCCCUGUUGUGUGUGGACUCGACUGAUGAUCUUCUCUUCACUGGUUCAAAGGAUCGCACAUGUAAAGUGUGGAACCUAGUAACGGGUCAGGAGAUCAUGUCUCUUGGAGAUCACCCUAGCAGUGUGGUGUCAGUCCGAUACUGUUCCAGCCUGGUUUUCAGCGUCUCCACUGCCUACAUCAAAGUGUGGGACAUCCGGGACUCUGCCAAAUGCAUCCGCACCCUCACUUCAUCCGGACAGGUGUCUCAAGGUGACACAUGUGCUUCUAUGAGCAGCAGUUCUGUUGGCAUACCACCGGGAGAAAACCAGAUAAACCAGAUCGCCUUGAAUCCCUCUGCCACAUUCCUGUAUGCUGCAUCAGGCAACACAGUCAGAAUGUGGGACUUAAGGAGGUUUGUUUCCACUGGUAAACUGACGGGACACCUGGGAUCGGUAGUGUGCCUUACGGUAGACCAGAUGGGAAAGGGUCAAGAUAUGGUCAUCACAGGCUCAAAAGAUCAUACUGUAAAAAUUUUUGAUGUGGUGGAAGGUGCUCAGGGGAGCAUCGGUGCCACACACUAUUUUGAUUCUGCCCAUCAUGACGGCCUGGAGGCUCUGGCAAUACAAAGCGAUUCUCUGUUUACCGCUGGCAGAGACUGCUGCAUUAAGAAAUGGGAUUUGACCGGCAAACAGCUGCAAAAGCAGGUAGAGCAGGCUCAUUCUGAUCUGGUCAGCGGUCUGGCCAUAGUGCCGGGCUCCAGCGCUGUUAUGAGCAGUUGCAGGGGCGGACUGCUCAAGUUCUGGCACUCAGACACGCUCCGAGCCCUGGGAGAAAUAAGGGCUCAUGACAGCGCCAUCAAUGACAUCUGCACUAACAGCAGUCAUCUCUUCACCGCCUCAGAUGACCGGACAGUAAAGAUCUGGCAGGUGAAAGGAUCUUUAGAGGAGGGCCUUCAGUGACCAAAUCAAAGAUGAACUAGACGUUCACAGUGAACUUUUUGGCUUUCUCUGAGUUUCCUCUUAUCCUCGACACACCUCUUUCCUGAAACUCUGCUCCCAUUCCUGGAAGCCCAAUAUCUGCUCCAUAGAUCUUCCUGCUGUAUAUUUUCUAAAUUGCAGUGUGAAAGUGCCCUGUUCAUAUUUAUGUUUAGCCUAUAGAUGUUGCUGACCAUCAUAGGAUACUGUAGGUCAAUGUGUGUGUUUGUUUAAGUGGCACAGUCCGAAAGCUGGGCUUUGGACAUCACUGACUGCCACAUGAGCAUUGCAUUUGAGAAGCACAUGUGUUUGUAAAUGUCAGGACUGGACUAAAGUGAUUUGCUCCUAAGUUAUUCAAUAAUAUUGAUGUCCGGUAUUUUUUUAGAUGUUUGUUGACCAAAGUUACUUUAUUUUGUGGAUUUCUACACUGGAACUAUGAUACGUCACAAAUCUUGAUGCAAUUGUAUCGUAAUCUUAACUGCUGGAAUGGUACAAAGAUAUGUGCACCAGCGUCUCUGUCCUCUAUUUUACUUUUCAUUAAGCCUGAACUGUAUAUCUGUUUUUCUGGUUCAAACCUUUGGGUAAGCUGUACAAUUUCUUCUAUCGUCCCGUAGUUAUUAUGAAUGUCAGAUGCAGUUGUAAAAUAAACUACAUCUGUCAAAAUC